UCCUUCGAAGGAUUUAUCUCUGAAAUGGCCAUGCAAACCUUUUCCGGGCCAAGACAUGCAUAUGGUACAUUCAAGACAUGGUUGCUGUACAUGCAUGAACAUUGGGCUGUGAGGAACUGCCUGUUGUAAAGUUAAAUACUUCGACUCCUUCAACUUCAAUCCCCUGCGCUUCACUGUAUCCCACUUGACUCAUCCUGCUAGUAGCUAAUCGACCUAUCUGAUCAAAAUGCCCUCUUUGCUAGUCAAGGAUUUCGUCAAGGAUUUCGAUUUGGGCAAAGUGUUUGCAGUUCGAUUGAGGCGCCUGACCAAGAUCGGACGCACGCAACACAGCUCGACAACCGCCCAUCACAAUUCCAUCUCUGCAGAUAUCCCUAGUGACUUUCCUGUUCCUUCACCCAAUCCACAUUCAAAUCCAUCACCACUACUGUAUCCUGGCUAUCUGGCGAGUGAUCUAGGUCUCGAAGUCUCCAUCAAUAUUUUCUCCACCAGAUCCUCUCAUGGCGAUUCCUCUGUCCGCACAGCUUCUGACAUAGCUCAGACGUUUUUGCCUGUCGUCCAGUCCGUUGCAGGUGCAAUUCCAGUUGCCGGGCCUCCAAUACAAGCCGCUAUUAGUGGAUUAUUGUCAAUCCUCCAAGUCAUAGAUAGAUAUAGUCAGAAUAAGGCGGACCUAGUUCGUCUGACGACACGACUCCAUCGACUAAGCUCACAUAUGUGCAAUGCUCCGCCAGCACAGGAUCCCCUUGAACAAGACCGGAGCGAUUCAAUAAUUGGGAUUCUUCAAGAGACCUCUGCCCAGCUGACAAGGUUGCAAAACGUCGUCUCGAAUACGCAUCCGUCACACAAGCUAUCGCCGGGUGUUCCAUUGAAAUCGACCGUUAUCUGUUGGAGUCUUUGUGGUCGUUCCAAAUGCAGCAAAGUCGAACCGCGCAGGGAUCAACAGCGGCACAGUUGACAGGGGCUGUCGCGCUUGGCUGUGUGACACUGGUAGACGCAACAGGCCACGAACAUGCAAUGUCGGUGACCUUUUGCACCUCAUUUUAGCAACUCGAUGAGAUGCUCCACGUUCUGUUUAAACGUGACG